GCCUCUGUCCCGGAGCGCGGUCGGGGCUGGGAUCACCGGGGCGGGAGGGCGGCGAGCCGGCAGGAUCCCGAGCCGCGGAGCGCGCUGCCCCGGGCUCCACAACCGAUGACUCGGGUGCCCAGGUCCCAGCGCCGCCGGUGCAGCACCCCCGAGCUCCGCCGGACGCGCGUUGAUGAGAAAACUCUCGGCCGUCUCCGGGGCAAAGAGCCAUGAGCUGUCUGGAUGUUAUGUACCAAGUCUACGGUCCUCCACAGCCCUACUUCUCGGCCGCCUACACCCCCUAUCACCAGAAACUAGCCUAUUACUCCAAAAUGCAGGAAGCCCAGGACUGCAAUGCCAGCCCCAGCAGCAGCGGCAGCGGCAGCUCCUCAUUUUCCAGCCAGACCCCAGCCAGCAUCAAAGAGGAGGAAGGCAGCCCAGAGAAAGAGCGCCCCCCAGAGGCCGAGUACAUCAACUCGCGCUGCGUCCUCUUCACCUAUUUCCAGGGAGACAUCAGCUCCGUGGUGGACGAACACUUCAGCAGGGCCCUGAGCCAGCCUAGCAGUUACUCCCCUAGCUGCACUAGCAGCAAAGCCCCAAGGAGCUCUGGGCCCUGGAGAGCUCGCCGCUACUCGCUCUGUGGUGCAUCCCUCCUGAGCUGAUCUGCUGACCCAGGGUUUCCCUUCCCCUGGCCGUCUGACCAGCCUUGGAGGCUCAGCAUCUGUGCCUCUCACUUCUUGGAUGAGGACACGGGGAAAGACACAGACUUCAAACUUCUCAAUAUUGGGAAAACCAACAUCUGUGACUACAGAAAUUCUGUCUAAAAUUAAUUCCUGCUGCUGAAAGAGCAAAUCCAAAGACUCUGAACUGUGUAAUGACUUUUUGCCAAAUCACUGGAAAUAUCUGUGGUGAGACUGCUUAGUCAGGUGAUAUGAUAUCAUAAGCUUUUUUGGAAAGGGAGAAAGAAAAAGAGACUCUUUGGUGUGAAUAUUUUUUAUGCUGAUGUGAAUGAUUUCCUUAGGUAGUGUGAUGAUAGCACUACUGAUGUUGGUAUCCUCAGAUUUAAAAAUGUAUGCGUACUUGCAUCACAGACUGUGGCAGAGAAGUAAAGAGAAAUCAAUUCCCUCUUCCUCACAGCUCAACCUCCAGCUCCCCUCCUGUCUAGCCCCUCCCCACAACACCCACUCCGGACACAAAGACACGUUUUUUCCUUUGGACUGUGGACGUGGAAGCCUCGGCCUGAAUGUGAGUGGCAAGUGGCUUAUCUGGAGCCACCUGCCUUAGUCUCGUUGAAAUGCAGCUGUUGGGACAACUGUUUAAAACUCCAGAAAUACAUCGACCAAGGUGGCACUUCCCAGUGUUUGGCAGAACAAUUGCAAUUGCACUGGAUAGCUUAUAUAUAUAUGUGUGUGUGUGUGUGUAUAUAUCAUAUUUUUUACAAGGAACAUUUUUUCAAUGAAAGAAGAAACCCUUCUCUCCCACAAAUUCUGUCCUUCUCUUUCCUCUGGAUGACAAAGCAAUGAGAGGCUCCAACCAUCGCUGUGGAGAAAACCUGGAAACCACCACAAGGAAAAGAAAUGUCCAGGAAGUCUCCUAGAUGUCGAAUAUUUUUCUCAGUCUCUUCCGUUGUGAUUUGGUCAUUUUAGUUUUAGAAUAGGGGAAGGGGUCUGUCUAUGUAUGGGCAAAGCUGAAGGUGAUGAGGAAGAAGAAGCGAACAUUAAAGAUGUCUAUUUACUAUGA